CACGCGCAGGCGGUCAGACUGUGGCCAGUUUAGGGCAAGGUGAACGCGGAAGUAGGGUACUUGUUUUUCUGGCUGCUGGGUCUGUGGUGGGGUGCCUGGUGCGAGAUGGAGGCGGGCGCAGCUGCGGAAGAUGGUCCGGACGGUCUCCGGGAGCGGCGAGGCUUGGAUGAAGCUGGGAGGCAGCAGCAGAACCACGAAGUGCGAUCUCAAUCCCGGGCCGACCGGUUUCCAAAGCAUUCCUACUGGUUGGAUCUCUGGCUCUUCCUCCUCUUCGAUGUAGUGCUGUUUAUCUUCGUCUAUCUUUUACCAUGAAUGGUUUGCCUGAUGUCUAGAUUAAGAAGUUGACUCCUGGAGUGGAUUCUGAAAAUGACUGCAAACUUCUUGAACAAAGAAGACAGGGUUGUGCAACAGAAUUUCAAACUCUGAGGAACUUUUCUUUGAUUUUACAUACUCUUGUUACUCCUUUUGGGGACUAUAUUAAAUGGGUAAUGAUCUCACCCAUUCAUAGCUAAGUUCUUAAAAUUACUCUGAUUCAUGUUUAAAAGCUUUUCAAACAUCUGAUGGCUUUAUAGGGGCUGAAUAUUAAAGUAUUUAUACGUAAAGGUUUAGGGUAUUCAUUAAGAAAUAUGGUAAUGUCUUGCCUUUAACAGUUUAAGGGUUAGCCCGGGUUUAGUAUGAUGCAAAAAUGUGAUAAAAUAUUAAGAUGAAGUAUUUAAAAAUAAAUUACUUAAAAACAAGGGUGAAAAAAAGGAGUUAGAGCUGAACAGAAAAUGCAGGCCCACAGUGUACUGGCUGUAAGUAACAGUUUAAUUUUUAAAUUAAGUGGGCCUCUGUUAACAGUUACCAGUUUGAUAAAGUCCCAGAGAAAGUAUAUACUAUCCAACUGUGCAUGUCCUCUUACCUGGAUGUCCCCUUCCUUCCUUGUAAGUUCUUGAACUUCCCUAAAAUAGGAUUGUGUUUGAAACCCAUUUUUUCUUCUUGUGGUUUUAUAAAGAAUGCUUGCCAAAA